GAGUAGGGAACCAGGGGGUGGUACGCUGUCAUCUGAAUUAGUUCUUUGCUUUACUCCAAGCGAAAAUCUCUGCACAGUUUUGUUUUGUUUCGCGUAUCGCAGUGAUAUUUUUGUGUUUUUUUCGUGUGACCCGACCCAGCCAUUAUGAACUAGCAUUAAAUCAGCUGUAUCUUGAAAUCACUGACAACUAGAUCUGCUAAUCAAAUAGCAUUGACAGCUAAAAGGGAGGAACUUACUUUAAAUGCUGAAGUAAUUCCAAAUAUGUUUCUUAACGAUCUUCUUUGUUAUUGUAUUGAGAAAUACGCCUGACUUUGUUGCAUUUCAAAGUCAAUCAUCUUGCAAGAACAGAGCAGCGAAUACAAAACUUGUGAAUACAAUUUGAGAAAAGACACAAUUCAUGUCUUAAAGUGUCUGUCACGCGAAACAACAUCUGUAAAAACAUCUCUCUGUGCCGUCUGGAACAUUUAAUAAAAUUCCGUUCAACCAUUGACAACUUAUCGAUUGUGUUUUGUUUCAUUGCUCGCUAGUUGGAUUUGGCUCACAGUCCAGUUUUUUAAAAGGCCAUUCUCGUCUCACGUGUACAAGAUGACGCAAUACAAGCCAGUGCUCCGUCAGUGUAAUAAAAGACAUCUACAUAUUCUGUCAAUGUGACGCAAUGCUGUUGGGUGUAUAGGAUUACAGAGCUUCAGAAAGAGUUACAUCAGAUGUUUACACUGUAUCCUGUUAAAGAGGGCCAGACCUAACAAUUGUGUGCAAAUCUGAGCUACGAUACUUAACCUUAGUGAGCCUUCAUACUGAACCCUCGUGAAUCUCUAUUCUAAAUCCACGUGAGGUUUUAUUCUAAACCCUUGUGAGGCACAAUACUUGGACAACCAGGGCACGCUAUAUGAAAAUACUGCUAAGAAUUCUUCACUAGAAAACAAUGUCUCAUUUAAGCCCGUCUGUAACAGACUUGACCGCAAUGGAUGAAUGACUUCACUCGCUGCAAAAUUGUAGUGGAAAUAGUCUUGAGUACGUCAGCAUUUCUUGUAUUUCUCAGGACGUCAAAGUUUGUCUCCUUAUUCAAGUUGCUGAUUCUCCAAGUCCUAAAGAAAGAACAUCUGGAAAACAACAUUUCUUGUAUUUCUCAAGCUGUGGAUCUUUUCUCUCUUUUUCAUUGCUGCUGAGACAUCCUCGUGAGAGUAAAUAGAAAGAUCAAAAUGUGAAACUCAAGGAGAAAAUGAAAUUUGUGAUUUCAGGUAAUAUUCUAUAAGUUAAUUUUAUCCUAAAAUAUGAAUUAUGAUUUGACAUAAGAGAACAUCAAGAAAGUUACAAAUGGAGAGUUCAAUCAAGGGCUCGCCUGUUAACAACACUGUCCUGGACAUGACAACUCUCCCACUCUGUAAUCUGAUUCACCUCAGCUCCAACCUUUCCAUCAAUGAAACUUUGCACGAGAUGUCCACACCUCAGAAUCUGAAUGAAACUUCCAGACAAGUGUCCGUUUAUCUCCAAGUCUUACCUUACGUAGUGACAGUUUUGUACAUUCUGAUCUGCAUCCUCGGACUUCUAGGCAAUGGACUGGUCAUCUACGUGGUCCUUGUGUUUGCUAAAAUGAAAACAGUCACCAAUAUGUAUAUACUUAACCUCGCACUAUCGGACAUCCUCUUUCUAACUAUGUUGCCCAUUCUAGCCGUCACUGGCAUCAUCAAGCACUGGGUCUUUGGCUUCGCUAUGUGCAAGAUUUACUUUGUCAUUUAUUCCAUCAACUUGUUCGGCGGUGCCUUCACAUUGUGCGUCAUGAGUGCUGACCGCUUCAUAGCAGUGUGCCACCCAAUCAGGGCGCUGAGAUAUAGAACGCCGAGGAUCGCGCUGUUCCUUUGCCUCUGCAUCUGGUCUUUAUCGUUCCUGGUAAUGAUGCCGACAAUACUCUACAGCCAAACGAUAGAACACCGCAACCUUAAAGGGAAGUACACUUGCAUCAUACACUGGCCAGAGAACCAAGCGAUGUCACCUGACAAAGCUUUCAUCUGGUACUCCUUCAUCUUGGGGUUCGCAAUCCCAGUGUCCCUCAUCUCAGUUUUCUAUUUUUUGGUAAUCCUUCGGCUGCGACAAAUCGGAGCGGCGAAAAAGUCGAAGGAGAAGCGAAAAUCUCAUCGCCGAGUGACGCGGCUGGUCUUGACUGUCAUUGCAAUCUACGUAGUCUGCUGGUUGCCCUAUUGGACAUUUCAGGUGUUCAUCGUUUUCAAAGACGUUAAAGACAGUGGCGAGAGCAUGAUUCUGCUUCUAAAUGGGUUCACAGUCCUCUCCUAUGCCAACAGUAUGCUGAACCCACUGCUCUACGCCUUCCUCAGUGACAAUUUCCGUAAAAGUUUCGUGAAAGCGUUUAAGUGUGUCUCCAGUUUGGAAGCCAAGACUUCGGUCUGCAAUGAGAACAGCGUGUUCCCUAAAAGCAGUCAGGCGUACACCAGGAGCGGCACCACUGUGGAGGAAAGGAUGGAGCUGUCUUGCAUGGAAGCAUGUUCGGGUUCGUCACCUCAUCAGGAACAGACCACUGUACGGCUUCUGCAGGAUGAGCAAGGCUUCCUGAAGCCUCCUGUUCAAUUUAAGGAGGUACAUGGAAACAGAAUGGAAACUACUAAAAAAGGCUAUAUUGACAACAUUGUUCUGGACAUGACAACUCUCCCACUCUGUAAUCUGAUUCACCUCAGCUCCAACCUUUCCAUCAAUGAAACUUUGCACGAGAUGUCCACACCUCAGAAUCUGAAUGAAACUUCCAGACAAGUGUCCGUCUAUCUCCAGGUCUUACCUUACGUAGUGACAGUUUUGUACAUUCUGAUCUGCAUCCUCGGACUUCUAGGCAAUGGACUGGUCAUCUACGUGGUCCUGAUGUUUGCGAAAAUGAAAACAGUCGCCAACAUGUACAUUCUGAAUCUGGCCCUCUCUGAUAUACUUUUUCUUGCCAUGUUGCCAACUCUCGCCGUCACUGGCAUCAUCAAGCACUGGGUCUUUGGCUUCGCUAUGUGCAAGAUUUACUUUGUCAUUUAUUCCAUCAACUUGUUCGGCGGUGCCUUCACAUUGUGCGUCAUGAGUGCUGACCGCUUCAUAGCAGUGUGCCACCCAAUCAGGGCGCUGAGAUAUAGAACGCCGAGGAUCGCGCUGUUCCUUUGCCUCUGCAUCUGGUCUUUAUCGUUCCUGGUAAUGAUGCCCACAAUACUCUACAGCGGCACGCACGAACAUCGCUUUCUAAAAGGGAAGUACACUUGUGCUCUUACCUGGCCAGCGAACCAAGCCAUCGCUUCAGACAAAGCCUUCGUCUGGUAUUCGUUCAUCUUGGGUUUUGCUCUUCCGGUCGCCCUGAUUUUUGUUUUCUACUUUCUUGUCAUCCUUCGCUUGCGACAAAUUGGCGCUGCAAAAAAGUCGAAAGAGAAGCGAAAAUCGCAUCGCCGAGUGACGCGGCUGGUCUUGACUGUCAUUGCGGUGUACGUGGUUUGUUGGCUACCUUACUGGACCUUCCAGGUGUUCAUCGUUUUUAAAGACAUAAAAAAUAGCAGCGAAAGCAUGAUUCUCUUGCUGAGUGGGUUCACAGUCCUCUCCUAUGCCAACAGUAUGUUAAACCCACUGCUCUACGCCUAUGUCAGUGACAAUUUCCGCAAGAGUUUCGUCAAGGCGUUUCAAUGCGCUUCUUCUAUUGAGGCCAAGAGGUCAGAGUGUAAUGAGAAUAGUACGCUUCGCAAAGUUAGUCAGACAAACACCAGAAGCGGCACCACAGUGGAGGAGAGGAUAGAGCUGUCCUGUAUUGACUCGACGUCGUCGCCUCUUCAAGAGCAUAACCUGGUCAGACAAGAAGAACAGGGUCUGCUGAACUCUUCUAACCAAGAGUCCUGAAAACAACAAAAAAACAACAAACAAUCCAGUUUGAUUGUGCUGCUGCAUUCAAAGCUUAGGCUGCUUUCCAUAGCUGUAGUGUCCGUGGUCUUCUAGCAACUCUUCAUUUGUCAACAAGUGUUACAAUAUUCUAUAUUAAAGUUGACUAUCAUUAUCAAUUUGAAAUGAGGAAAGAUGCAUAAUGUUCUUAUUCUAUGUUCAUAUAUUGUUUUUAUAAUAUGAUCUAAUUAUAUCUUAGCACUGUCAACUGAUUUUUUUUUACCUGUAAUCAAUUUCCACUUUUCUUUUUGUAUUUGUGUUUUUGUCGUUGCUUUGAUUCUAGUUUUUACUUUGUUUGUGGAUCUAGUUUCAUUUCCUUACUUUACAUCUGCCAUCUCCUGUUAGCCAAUUAUAAAGCCCGGAUUCGUUAUAUUGUGCCUCUACUGCUCCGUAUUCAGAAGUUAUAGCCAAGUUAUGAUUGAUAUUUUAUACAUUUAAAUACUGCACUAGUAUAGCGUAGUUCUUUUUUUUUAGAAAUAUUUAUUAAAAGAUUAAUGUGACAAUGUUGUAGAAUAUUAGUAAUAUAUGAAGCAUGUAUUCAGUACUUUGGUCGGAUCCAUUGAGACCAAGAACGGCUCCAGAACUUUUGAUGGAAAUGAAAAAAAAAAAAAGAGGGGGGCUUCGAAUUUUUUUUUGGGUGGAGAGGGUUAGGAGGUGGGAACAAAGAGCAGAAACACCGGUCCCUCCCAUGUUUUCAUUCACAAACCUAAGAGUAUGAAGAGGAUGUGCCAGAAGGUGUGUGUGGGGGGGUAGUUAGUCGUUUCUUUGAAUUGUAGACCAGACUCGACACUGUUCUAAUGGGACCAGGGCUAAAAAUGACCGGGCAUAGUUGCCUGGUGGUUUGGUAUGCGCUUAGGGCUGUCCUGAGAUUGUCUUUAGUACGAAUCCUGGUUGCUUCUUUUCCCCCCGUCCCGUUCUGCAGGACGUUAGGACUAGGGCGUAAUAACCUUCAUUCAUAAAACAACACCCAAAAGAAACAGACACUUUUUCUAUUAUGAUUAUGAAUGAACCAGAUUUUUGUUAAUGCACUGGCCUAUGAAAUAAUUUAAUUCGAGUUUUAAACUUGAUCAAAUGGCCACACUGUCCAAGCUUUAAGUAUGUAACACUAUGUCUCUGAAUAAGUUUUCACGAGAAGUCUCUCAUGUAGUGGAUAAUGGGGUAAUUAACUCGAAACAGAGAAGUAUACAUUUAUCGCUUUACAAAAUAGUUGUCAACAUAAUUGAAAAAUAUUAAGAGUUAAUUAGAGGCAUGGUACGGGCUGUUAGUAGAGUCUGACAAGCUCUGGAUUAACACAUAAAACUUAUUGUAAUUUUUUUUAAAUGAACGUCUGUAAUUUCUAAGAUAAGAUAUUUACACAUUUCAAUUUCCCCGCACGCAAUAGCAGAGGAGGCUCAGGAAGAAGGGUGGAUGAAGAGGGGCAAUAGCCAUGCCUUUAACAUUCAAGUUAAAAAAAAAAAUGAGUUAAAUGAUUUUUUUUUCUUCGAUUAAAAAGUUUUGUAAGCCUAAAGAAAUUCUUUUUGAAUCAUAUUACUUUGGAACCCCUCACUUUAACAAU